GGAUUAGUAAAUAUCAUCCCAAAAUUAGCUUUAAGCUUUAUAUAUAAUAUCGAAUAUCUUUCAUACUUGCGUGUCCGAAGAGGAGGUAUUAUCUCCGUACGGAGUAGCCAACGAUCAUGGCCACAGCUCUUUCAUGGCAACCCCCACUCCAGUUAAGGCCGCGUCAAUGGCGUCAUCAUCGCCGCCCGGCCAUCCCCGUCGGGGCCUUCAGGCGCAGCGACUUCGACGGCUUUGCGAAGCGAAUGGCCUCGGGUGAGGCCUGGAGGGACGCGUGGCGUAGCGCCAACGACGGCUUCGAUCAGCUCGUCUUCGAGGCCAAGAAGGCCGCCGAGCGCCUCGACCGCCGCUACUCCUUGUCCAACCGCCUCAGCUCAGUCGCUCGCUCCGCCGGCGACCGCGCCCGCGACUUCGACAGGGAGUUCGAGAUCAGCCCGCGGUGGCGCACUUUCUCCAUGGACUUCAGCAGGAACUGGCCGAGGUACAGGAAGCAGCUCAAUGGUUUUCUGGAUACUCCAAUCGGAAGAAGUUUCGCGACAAUUUUCUUCCUCUGGUUUGCAUUGUCUGGAUGGCUUUUUCGGUUCUUGAUAUUCGCAACAUGGGUACUGCCAUUUGCUGGUCCUCUUCUCAUUGGUGCUAUUGCCAAUAACCUCGUUAUAAAGGGGGCUUGUCCAGCUUGCAAGAGGCAAUUUGUUGGUUACAAGAAUCAAAUAAUUCGCUGCACAGGCUGUGGAAACAUUGUAUGGCAGCCGAAGGGGGACUUCUCCAGAGGUGGCAGAGACAACUCUACUUCAAAAAAGUCACAGCCUGAGAUUAUUGACGUUGAUUUUGAGGAGAAAUGAAGGGAUUCCCAAGUGAUGGUGCCACGGUGGUUCGCUCUUCGUGGACGUUGUAUACAGAGAGCAAAAGGAACGCAUACCUUCCAACUAUUUAGUCUGGUUAUACUUUUCGUGUGAGUGUUAAUUCUGCCCCCUGCUAUUUCAGAGCGCUUAUAGAAAUUGUUGAAUAUUGUCAAUCUGUAUAUCGUUCGUUCUUUUCACUAGGAAUACAACAGCCUCUCGUUCCUUACAGAAAAAUCUUCAUAUUGAUGGUAGGCAGUUUUAUGAUCUUAAGGGAAUCUGGUCAGGUUAGCCAUUAGCUUAGCAAAAUGAAUCUUUCCAAAGUUAAAAGUUUUAGAUAUUUAUGUUUUUUAGCUGUAUCAAGAAGUCUGGUUCUCAUUGGACCUUCAAGAACUAAUCUAGUGAAAGUGUUCUAUUUGUGAA